UAUUAAUUUAAAAUCGUUCGUCUCUUUCGUUUAAUUAAACUAUUUGGAUAAUUUUGGUAGAACAAAUUUGAAGUAGUAACGUAAUCGUAAAGUAGCAAUAAAAUCCUCGUGUCUAAUGUUUUCAAUCAGCGCUAAUUCAAGGAAUCUGCUGAGCAUGGUGUAAUUUUCGAUUGCACACCUUAUCUUAUCACACCGUCUGAGCCGCGUUCAUCAAAAAUCAAAAAUUUAAACAACCAUGUGAGAUCUAACACCUUAGUAUGUCUUCUUCGAAAAAUAAUUUCGAAAUGGAAAUCCCUUUCUUUUUCCAGUGAUUGUAAAUGUUCCAUCGUUAAAUCGAUCUGUUAUUCUCAAGUCAAACAAAAAUGGUUUUUGUUCCUCUUUUCUACCGGAAAACCUAUCUGUAUUACGGUUUAGCAUUCUUAUUGCUGUUCAAUUUUUUUCUUCUGACGUUCGUCUAUUUCUAUUUCCUCGGGAGUUUUGCCAGCGAUUAUCAGAAUAAAAUAAAAGUGAUUGAGGAAAAAAUACUAUCUCAAGAUCCUGAAACUGUAAUUUAUCCCAGUGUAAACCGUUCAUUUCAAAUCGACUACGCCAAUAACAGAUUCUUAAAAGAUGGAAAACCAUUCCAAUACGUAUCCGGUUCCUUGCAUUAUUUCCGAGUUCCAAGAGUGUAUUGGAGAGAUCGGUUAAGAAAGUACAGAGCUGCAGGAUUAAAUGCUAUUUCUACAUACGUCGAAUGGAGCUUACACGAGCCAACUCCUCGUAAUUAUCGGUUCGACGGUGAAUACGAUUUAGAGUAUUUCUUGAAAUUAGCCACAGAAGAAGAUUUGCUGGUUAUCUUACGUCCUGGUCCUUAUAUUUGUGCAGAAAGAGAUUUUGGUGGAUUACCUCCUUGGUUGUUGAACUUAUACCCUUUGAUAGAGCUUCGAACUGAUGACGAAAAUUACAAAAAUGAAGUGAAAAUGUGGUUUGAUCUGCUCCUAACAAAAAUGGACAAAUAUUUAUAUGGCAACGGAGGUCCAAUAAUUAUGGUCCAGGUUGAAAACGAAUACGGAAGUUACAACGCUUGUAAUUCAGAUUACACAGUCUGGCUGAGAGAUCUAAUGUCGUCGCAUAUAAAAAACAAAUCCGUUUUGUUCACCACCGAUGGAGCGGCUGCUAGUUAUUUAAGAUGCGGGGCUAUUCCUGGUGUAUAUGCAACUGUCGAUUUCGGCACAACCUCCAAUGUGAAUACAUCUUUUACCAAUAUGAGAGAUUACACACCUAAAGGACCGCUUGUAAAUUCGGAAUUUUAUCCCGGCUGGCUUACCGUUUGGGAACAACCUUUACAAACUGUAUCAACGCCCGCCAUUUUACGCUCAAUGGAAGAGAUGUUGUGUCUGAACGCUUCUUUUAAUUUUUAUAUGUUUUUUGGUGGCACAAAUUUCGGUUUUACUAAUGGAGCGAAUAUUAAUGGUAAUCGGUACGAUCCGCAGUUGACUUCUUACGAUUACGAUGCUCCAUUAACAGAAGCUGGAGAUACUACUGAUAAAUAUUUUGCCAUAAGAGAUUUAUUAUCGAAGUAUUUCAAAAUACCAAAUAUUCCGAUACCUAAACCUACUCCGAAAGGAAAUUAUGGAACAGUUACAAUGAAACCGGUUGUAUCAUUGUUCAACUAUUCGCAUAUUCCAGAUAAAGUACAACAAUAUUCUGAUAGACCUUCGACUUUCGAACAAAUGCAAGUAUACUAUGGAUAUAUCCUUUAUGAGACUACACUACCGAGUAUAAUUGAUGAUCCAGCACUUCUGUAUGUGUACGAUCUGAGGGAUAGAGCUAUCGUUUUUGUUGAUCAAAAACCUAGCGGUAUACUUUCGCGUACAAGACUGAUCAAAAGCAUUUCAUUAAUGGCGAAACCGAACGCAAAACUACAUUUAUUGGUGGAGAAUCAGGGUCGUGUGAAUUACGGUCCUUAUUUGAAAGAUAUCAAGGGAAUUAUUUCUGAUCCGUCGAUCGAUGGACAAUUUCUAACUCCAUGGACUAUGAUAGGAUUACCAUUUAGCAGCGUUUCGUGGGUUGAAAACCUAACCCCUUCUAGUAAUUUUAUUUCCCCUCCUGCGUACUAUUACGGAGAGUUGGUAUUACCCAGUGGAACGGUUGAACCGUUUCAUACCUACGUUGAUUUAACCGGCUGGGGAAAGGGUGUGAUUUUCGUUAACGAUUUUAAUCUUGGAAGAUACUGGCCUAAAGUAGGAUCACAAGUGACAUUAUUUGUUCCCGCAUGUUACUUGAAACCUGCACCAGAAAUUAACAAAAUAGUUGUUUUUGAAACUGAAUGUGUACCCGAAAAUUGCCAGAUACGAUUUACCGAUAUUCCUUAUUUAAAUAAGACCACGCCGUUGACCAAACCUGCUGGUGCCAUGUGAAACUUUCACGUUUCGCUCGAUUUUGGCAUGAAACUGUGAUGUUAUUUUAUUUUUAUUCUUUAGUUGCAAUUAUUUUGUUGUGUUUUGUAAUUACAUACGUAAUUUUUUUUUUACUCUUUUUACCUAGUCGUAAUGAUAUUUUUGUGACGUAAUUUAAAAGCUGUAAUCAUCAACGAUGAACGUACUAAAUAACAAAUCAAAAAUUCAAAAUACAAACAAAUUAUUAUA